GUGAUGGCGCCCCCUUGUCGAUGAACCAUAAACCCCCGCGUAAAACCUAGGCCCCUUCUCCGCCUACCAGCUCCGGCUUCCUUCAAUGCCCCCGCCGGCGCUUUCUACCGGCCACCAUCGCCACCUCUCUCUCCCACAUCUCCAACGCUGUUUCUCACUAAUGCAAUCCCGCACCUUCAUCGACGCCCGCAUACACUGGGUCCGGGACCGGGGCCUUGACCAUGCCGUUGAGAAGGAGAAGCACCUUCUCCCCUUCCACUACCUCAAAGACUUCCUCAUUCAUUCUUUCCCUUCAUCCUCCGCUACUGCCUCCUCCGUUCCCCUCGACGCCAUCUCCGAGCGUCGUCAAGACCUACGGCUCCCAUUCCGCGCCAUCCGCUUCAUCCGUCUCUUCCCCAACGCAUUUAUCGAGGAAACUCCUGAUCACUCUGCGUCCUCCUCUUCCUCUUCUUCUUCCCCUCCUCGCCCUUCGAUUCGUCCCACUGACGAUCUUAUACUAAUCCACUCCGAGGAGCUCCGUGCCUUUGAGUCCUCUCGCGACAAUGCCGCCGAUCGCCUCCUCCGCCUCCUGAUGCUCGCCCCCUAUCGCCGACUUCCACUUCCUCUAAUCGACCGUCUCCAGUGGGACCUCGGCCUCCCCUGCGAUUUUGUCCGCUCUCUCUUACCCGACUUCCCUGAUUACUUCCAAAUAUCGCCUUCCUCCGGCAGGGAUAACCUGGAUAUCGAACUCGUAUGCUAUCGAAAAGACCUUGCCGUUUCUGCAUUGGAGGAUUAUGCUAUGCGGACUGGUGGGUACAAGAAAGGUGCCUCCUUGGCCUUUCCUCUGCAUUUUUCUAGGGGAUUUGAACUCGAAAAGAAGGUGAGGAAGUGGCUGGAUGAGUGGCAGAAAUUGCCUUACGUUUCUCCUUAUGAAUCUGGAUCAAACCUUCCACCAAAGAGUGAUAUUGCGGAGAAGUGGAUUGUUGGGGUUCUUCACGAGGUUUUAAACAUGUUGAUUGGGAAGAAAACUGAGAUGGAGAACUUGGUUUUACUUGGCCAGCAUCUUGGGCUGCCAGCGGGGUUCAGGAAAGUGAUUGCACAUCAUCCAGGAAUAUUUUAUAUAUCAAACAAGCUGAGGACACAGACGGUUGUCCUCAGGGAAGCAUAUAGGAGGGAUCUUUUAAUAGUGAAGCAUCCGAUGAUGGGGAUUAGGUAUCGUUACAUUCACCUUAUGCAUAAGAAUCGGAAUAGUAGUGGGAAAAAGAAGAAGGGUCGGAGUUCCAGGAGGGUUGCUCUUUCAGUGGAGGAUGAUGAAGAUCACGAAGCUGAAGCUGAAGGUAUGGAGGAAGAGAGGGAGGAGGAAGACGAUGCAGAUUAUAAGUUCUCAGAAUCCUCUGAUUUUGAAUCUGAGGAUGAAGAGAGUGAUGAUGAUGAUGAUAGAGUUAGAGAUGUUAAUCUUUCUCCUACUACUCAAGAAAUUCAACCAAGAAUCCCAUCUCCAAUCAGAGCAAGCCCUAUAGAAAGGAGACUUCUUACUAGUAAGAUCAGAAGAAAUGAGAUGCAUAAGGUUGGAAAGAGAAAUUCCGCAGGUGCAAAUUGGAGGGUGCCACCAAAGAGUAGGAUUUCAGUAUAGAUUUAUGAUCUCUGUGUUUGGGCUUGUCUGAUGAUGUUCUACGUGCUUAGUGAACUUCCAAGCAAAACUGCCCGGGAAAAUACUACAUGACUCUGCAGGUUGAACAUUUGAGUUGCUGGAUUUACCAUGAAGUAAUUGUCGACCCGGCCAUUUUACGCGACUUGUAUCCAUUUUCUAAACCAAAUUGAUGCUUUCCAGUUGCACCGCCGGCAAGCUGGCUUGACAGGAAGGUGAAGCUAGUGCCUUUAAAAGCUUAACUUUUGCAAAACUAGUUGAAAUGCAUAUGCUCCAAUAUAGUAGGUUUCAUUUUUUUUUUGUAAGUUCUCUUAGCACGGCUUUGAGUGAAUGCAUUUUUAAUUCAUGAAGAACUUAUUUUUAAUACCCUUUCACUUACUGCAUCAUUUGUAUUAUGUGAACCUAUUGUACAAUAAAGUUGCGGGCAAACAUCAGAUCUGUAGCAUGAAGAUAAUGUUGAAAAUAUAGCUAGUGAUAUGAACUAAACUAUCAAUCGGCUAACAUUACUGUUGGAUUAAAAUUGAUCUAAAUUUGAUAGAAUAGUGA